AAGCACCAAUAUAAAAGACAGAGCAGUUUAUGGUUUAUUGCAUUAUAUUUUUUCUCCCAAAAAACUCAAUCUCUAACUCGUUUCCGUUAUGGUAGACACUGCUAAUCUAACCGCUUCUGCUACUACGUUGCCCUCAUCUCCUGGUAUCCAUCAAAUUGGUGUUCAACGCUCCGAACAAUAUACCUGUGUUGCGUGUCAAAUAGCGUUCUCUUCAUUCAGCGACCAAAGAAACCAUUACCAUACAGAUUGGCAUAAAUACAAUUUGAAGCGCAAGGUCGCAGCACUUUCUUCCUUGACUGCUGAGCAAUUCAAUAGAAAAGUAUUGGCACAACAAGCCCGGCGGAGUGAAGAGUUGGAAAAACAAGACUUAGUUUAUGAAUGUUCCAGUUGCAACAAAUCAUACUACACAGAAAAUGCCUUCAACAAUCACAUCCAAUCAAAGAAACACUCAGAUAUGGCUUCUAAACACAAGAAUAAGAUCGCCACAAGAACCAGCAGUAAUAGUUCAGUACUGCAGACGUCGACAGCCGUAAAUGUUGUGAAGAACUGUUUAUUCUGUAACCAAACUCAAGAAAGUUUUGAUGACAAUCUUCGACACAUGUCAAAAAAUCACGGCUUCUUCAUACCUGAUAUUGAAUACCUUUUUGAUUGCGAAGGACUUAUAUCUUAUUUAUCGUACAAAAUUAACGAUCAGUAUUUAUGCUUAUAUUGUAAUGGCCGAGGUAAACUCCACAAGUCCUCCACUGCAGCUCGACAACAUAUGCUGGAUUGUGGACAUUGUAAGAUGGCAUAUGACGAAACCGAAGAUGCCGAAGAAUUGCUGAAAUACUACGACUUCUCAACAGAAGAAAAGGACAAAGAAGGCGACGAUGUGAUGAUGGAUAUUGAUAGUAGUGGUUUAUCAUCAUCGAUCAAGCAAGAACAAAAUCCUUUGUAUAAGGAUAAGCAUAUGAACAUCGGUCAAAGAAGAUUUCUGUCUGUGUAUAGGAAAAAACAUCAACUCUCAAGAAAAUCAUACUUGAUGAAGACAAACGAAGAAAAGGCAAUGAUGAAAACACAGGAACAUGAACCCGAAGAGCCAGUGCUUCAUUAUGAAUCUUUGCAACGCAACAGAAAAGAAAGAAGACAUCCAUUGAUGAUUACUAGUGGUGACAAAAUAACCAUGAAUUCAAAGAAGACACAGGACGGUAUCAAAGAAGUCAAUAUCAAAAAAGACUUUAAGCAGCAAUUAUCCUUGAAACAAAAUGCAAACCAAUUGUUUCGGUUACGUGUUCAAACCCCCAUUGUAUAACCUUUCCUUUAAUACCUCUU